GAACGAAGCUAAAGCGAGGGUCGCGGGGUGGCCCGCUAUCCACCCCGCGGCCCCAGCUUUCACAUCAAAUAAUUUUUUUGGCCUCGGCGCAAAGAAGCCCCCGUCCCGCCUAUUCCCGCGCCUCGUCAUCGCGUCUCAUCGAACACGUUCAUCUUCCUCGACUAGGACCGAACCCUCGGCGCAAAGAAACCCUCUCCGCGCUUGUUCUUCUUCCUCGGUCAGGACCGAAUCCUCAGUGCAAGGAAACCCUCUCCACGCGCAUUUUUCUUUCUCGACCAGGACCGAAUCCAGGAAGCCUACUCCCGUGCCUUACCAUCUCGCCUCGCCUGGUGUCGCCGCGCACGUUCUUCUUUCUCGACCAGGACCGAAUCCAGGAAGCACGAGGCAGUGUCCUGCGAUUAUUUGAGACGUGGAUCAUUUGUUUCGUUGAUGUUGAUAGAAUGGAGGGUUUGUGGUCUCUUUUAGAGCAGAUCUUGCAAGAGUUCUAUCAUGGGGAGUAAUGACAUGGAUAGUAUGCCUAAAGAGGUUACUACACCCGUAUUGUGGAAAAAAGAUACGAAAAUAAUAUUUUGCGAUAUUUUUCUUAAAGAAAUUAAAUGAGAAAAUAGGCCUACAACCCAUUUCAAUAAAGAAGGGUCGCAAAAUAUUAUCAAAAAUUUCAAGGAAUGUACAGGUACAGAAUACAACAGGUUGCAAAUGAAGAAUAAGUUAGACCAAAUGAAGAAGGAAUGGAAAAUUUGGAAGGAAUUGAAAAGGGGUUCUACCAGUUUUGGUUGGGAUCCAAUGAAACAAACAGUUGAUGCACCUGAGGAAUGGUGGGCUGAAAGACUUGCGGUUGUGUCUGCUGCAAAAAAGUUUAAGCUUUCUGGAAUUGAGCCUGAAUUGGAGGAGAAACUCGGCCGCAUGUUUGGGGGAGUGGUUGCAACGGGUAACUAUGCAUGUAGCCCAUGCAAGGCAGGGUUUACUGGCAAUGCCAUGAAUUUGGGAACCCUUGGAGGUUCAGUUGAUUUCACUGAUGUCCCCAGCCCAUAUCAGAACAAAUAUGAAAUCAUUUUACGUUCCAAACGUCCAAGGGUUGUUGAUAAAAGAAAAUCUGGUGUUUCUUCCCUCAGAAACGAGCUAUCUGAGGUAGUUUUUUAUUUCAAAGCAGAAUGUCAGAAUUCUUAUUCAAGCACUAUCGCGGAGACACUUGAAAUCCUAAGUGCUACAGCUGAAAUUUAUGCAGAUAAAGAGUUGUAUUUGUUCACAGCAGAAUUGCUAGAGGACCCGAUCCGUAGGGAUUUCUUUGUGAAGAUGUUUGCUGCCUGCAGAGUGGCAUAUAUUCGACGUUUUUAUGAUGGUCUAUCUGCUAGGACAACGCAACUGAAACGGAGUCAAACAGAACUAAAACGAAGCCAAACAAAGCAAAAUGGUGGAGCUGCGUAGAGUGGGCGCCGACAGCGCCAGAGCCGGCGCCGGCGGUGCUGAAGAGCAGAAAAACGACAAGAAAACGAUGCCGACAGCGACCAAAACGACACCGACGGCGCCAGGGACGGUCAUGGAUCGAUUUUUGGUAGUUUUUUAUGUUCUAAAAGGCUCCCAAGUGAUUUAAACACCCCAUGAAGCAAUUCAAUGAAUCUAUACACUUGGAUAAGACUCUUAAAUGAAGAGACAUGUCUUUUGGAUGAAUAAAUUUUUCUCUUAGAAAAAAGGAGGGAAUUUGUGUCUCUUUAAAAAGAGGGGUUGACACCUCUCAUAUGCAUGCGUGUGUGUGUGUGAGGGUGUGUGUGAGUGAGAAAAUG